AGUUCCAGGGCUGUCGCGAGUGCAGAGUUACAAGGUGUAGUAUCCUUCGCCGAGGACAAGGACUGGAAGAUUAUAGCAAUAGCAUCAAUUUUUACUCGAAAGUACAUCGGUCCAGUCCGAUCACGUCUCCCAGUUGUUUAGAUAUAUAACAACAACUUUUUAUAAAUCUCGAUCUCCGGCGAGUCCUUCCUGUCUGAUUUUGCUUCACAACGAACUACGUGCAACAUUUCCGACAAGAAUUAUCCAGAUAGGAAAGUAAUGAUAUUCUGAAAGGAAAUCACCAUGACUCACCGGAAAAAUGUUGCUCUCUCGAUACCAUGUAGAGCGCGAGCUGGGUCGUGGCAGUUUUGGCGUGGUGUACCUUUGUCGUGACACGGACUCUCAGCCUGUUUCGCCUACUCCUGGAGAAGAUCACCUCAAAGGAAACAAUAAACGCUCUCAAUCGGAAUCGUCUUCACGAGGAGCAGAGACUCCAGGAGCUGCAGGCACAGCAAAGAGUGGAGACCACACGGCUUUCGUGACCGUGAAAACGAUCCAUUGUCCGCAACCUGAUAGCUCUUUUUUGUUUGCAACGGCACGCGAGGCUUCUUCGAAUGAUGAGGCGCAGGAUGACGAAGCAGGAGGCGCUGCCCAAGGUGGAGCUCUUGGCCUGCCCAAAGACGGGGAAAAUGACCAGCAGAACGGCAUCGAACAAGGAAGAGCCGGAAACAAGAAGAAGAAUGAUGUUCUGCAUCUCGCGAUGCGAGAAGCGGAGGUGUUGCGCCGAUUACGGCACCCUUUCAUCGUGGGAUACAAAGACAUGGUUGUUGACGAGAAACGCGACAGUCUCCAUAUUGUGAUGGAGUUUUGCGAAAAUGGGGAUCUAGCACAACUGUUGAAACGUGUCUGUCGUUUGGAGCAGUCCGUUGCCCUUGUUAUGGACGACUGCUACAACUCGAGGGUAGUCACGACUUUCUUUAGUGUGAUGCAAAAUACUUUCUUGUUUUACUUUUACAUCCAGACGAUGUAGUUGUCAAGAAAGUCGAAGUGGAGUAGUCAAACCGCAUUACUGCUCAUGUUAAAAUGCAGGCCAUCUACUUCAUCCAGCAUACUAGGAAAGUAGAUGUUAGGUUCAUCCGUUUCAAUUCCCCUUUCAUUUUCUUUUACGCCUGGCAGUUAGCAUCGGCGCUUGCAUACUGUCACUCACAACGAGUGCUACAUCGCGAUUUGAAGCCGCGAAACAUCUUCCUGACAAAAAACUUCGCCCAACUACGUCUCGGCGAUUUCGGUGUUUGCAGAGUACAGGAGGGAACCGGCGAUCUCGCAAGCACAAUGAUUGUUAUGCAUGACCGCGUUUUAUAAUUCUGAACCUGAAGAGGCACGGUAAUUAUAGAGUAGAGUAUAAUGAAAACUAGAUACACACCAUCGAUAUCGUGGGCCAGACUCAUUAUUUACAAAAUAAGUAGACCUCUCGAGCAGAACGACCAAGACCCUCAUUGAACACGAGGAAGUGUCUCCACGAUUACGAACUUCACAAUUCUCUAAAGCUAGGACGCCACUGUACUUGUCACCAGAGAUCUGCGGAAAUCAGAGGUAUGACGCAAAAUCGGACGUUUGGGGUCUCGGCGUGGCUGUCUACGAGAUGUUCGUCGGCGUUACCCCUUUUGGCGGACCGGCUCCACCUUUGCGACCUCCGCAAGAGGGCAUCAACAGCAAUAUUCAGAUUGGUGGUCCUGACUGCGGCGAUCAUGUUGCAGGCAACGCUCCGGGAGGGGAGGGAAAGAAACCGCCUCCAGGGAACCGUGCAGCAGUGCUGUUGGCCAUCGCCACGAUGCCCUUGAAAAUGAACGUUCUGCGUUCGUUUGUCACGAAUAGGCACGUUGCGCAUUGUUUGGCGCUGUGUCUCUCAAAGCGGCCACAACGACGUCCAAGUGCUGGCACGGCUGCGGGUGUUUUCAUGAAGGCGAUAGAGUCGCUACGACGCUUGGGCCAAUUCACACCAAAAGUCCUUGGAGUGCCUCUUGCCGACAGCGAGCAGAUUAUUGAGGAAGCCUUGUUUGGUCGUCAACCUCAAGAUGAAGAGAACCAACAUGAUCAAAAAGGGAAGAUGAUGCAGGCUGCUCCCGCUGGGAUUCGCGAGGUUGAAUGGGAGCACACGGAGGAGAGUGAUACUUCCGCAAACAAGGUUCAAGAACAAGUCUCCGAACUGGACGGUGGUCAACCUAAUAUAUCUGUGCGAGAGCAUUCUUCGCCGUCUGGAAGCGCUAGUAGAAGGAAUAGGCACAAUAAGUUUUUGCGUCGUGAAAGCGAACCCAUGAUCAUGUUUCAUCGUAAGAAUCCUUCCUAUGGUUCUGGACCCACCAGGAGGCGCGGCAGUGAUCCGAGUAGUUUCGCGGGACGACGGGCUUCUAUGGCUCCGCUUUCGGCACGAUCGGCCAGCUCCAUCAUGUCCGCUGCAGAGGUCCUAGAACGACAUGCACAAAAUGACCUUGUAGCUGUCGGUUCCGCGACACCCCUGCUUCGUCGUCAUCAGAGUUUGUCGUUCAGCUCACAUCCACUUCCAUGUGGAGCGGAGAAAGUAGAAUUACUAGGCGAGGAAAGGAAGAGGAAAGCCGCUUGUUUUCCUCUGCAUGUCGUACCUGCGCAUCAAAACAAAGGAACUACAACAAUGCUCGGCUUGAAUUCCGAACAAGACGGUGAGCGUUCUCGUCGCGCCUUCGACAGUGAAGGAAAACCUGGUUCUUCUAGUCGUGAAGCUCCGGGUUCAUGCAUCCGAGAAUACGACAAGCGUCGGGACUUCAACCGACCCAUGAACUUGCGGCCGAUGAAUUUGCGGAGCCCCAGUACUUCACAGAGGGACCAGCAGCACGAACAAGAUCCAUCGUCUUCAAUGCGAGGAAGGCUUUCGAGCAUUUUCAAUGCAGCAGGACAGAUUCGAAGGGAUUGCUCACUGGUGUCCCUGGCUAACUCACAUGGGGACGAGGGUUGUUCGGUCCUCAAUCCACAACCCAGCAAACACGAAGUUGAGGAAGUCAUCAUGAAGAUUGACGAACACCACGACCUCGAUGUUGAAGAGAUAGACGGGAAUGAAAACGACGGCACUUCAAAUUCUACUUCGAACACCAUGAUGAGCAAUGUCCUCACCUUGAAGGGAGAUCCUGAAGAACAAGAGGAGCGACUACCUGUUGAAGAAGAUGAAGACGACUCCCUAAGUAGCAAGUUGCAAAAGAAUCCUCCCGGUAACAAUUUUAUCAGUCGACCGCAUUCGAAAACGACAGCUGCUGGCACGCCUGCAGCAUCUUCGCCAGGAGGCGAGGAAGACGAUGCCGAAACUUUGAAAAUAGACAUUGACGUUGCAGCAGGUUUUUCUCCUUCAGAUGCCGAUGCGUCGCCGGAAGCAGACUGCACGACUCUCGUAGGUAUUUUACCUCCUUCCGGAGCUGCUGUAGCUAGAGAUACUGCGGAGGUGGUCCCAAUGAGCAGGCCACCAAGGCUACCUUGUGUAGUUACCACGAAGGUGGGCUUUGGCGUAGUGCUGGAUCAUCGUCGUGGCGGAAACAAGACGUGUGACGUUGUACAAGCGGAGGUUGCGGGUGGGAAGGUCGUUGAAGAUACUUCUAGUUGUAGAAAAGAUAAUAGAAGGGGGGAUCAGGAACAGGACAACGGAGGCUGCAGAGACGAUAACGACAUCAAUGAAAGCCACCAGUCUGGUGCACCACUUUGUUAUUCGACACUGACGACACCAGAAAAAGAUGAAAAAGUUGUCACAUCCGGUACUGGACUUGACGCCGUGGACGAGGAUGCUUUGGUAACCUUCGAGCUUACCGCACCUGUGCCGUCAAUAGACGUAGCAAUAAGUAGUGCGGGACAGGCAGAGGGAACGUCGUCCAUCCACCAAAUAGAAAAUGAAAGCAGUUGUAGGAGUAGCAGACUAAAGUCACAGAACAAUGUUGAGGACGAUGAACGCGCGAGUCCAGUUUCAUCGUCUACAGCAAGUAUAGGUGGAGGAACGCCUGGGUCCUCUGGGCGAGCGAAGCCCUCGGCUAAGAUCCUGGGUAUGAUCAGUCACUGGGAGAGCCACUUAGCAGCCCAGAAGGAGAAAAAUGCAAGUCCCGCAAAACGAAGUAGUCCGGUACCACACAGCGCGACUUGGAGUCCAUCGUCUGCCACGGCAGACAUUGAAGGAGGUAGUAGGAGCUCUACAUUCAAUCCGAUGAGUCGCCUGACUGCACCAACAACUGAUAAAUCCGGUGGAGAGACGAACACUGGUGCCGGGAGUAAGAAAACUAUUUUCAACGUCGAGUUACGACCAACGGUCAAUUCGUAUAUGUUGCUUGAUCGAGGUGAUGGUGCGGAUGAAGACUCGAGGUUGUUUCUAAAGAGGCAAGACCUGUCCUCGUUCCAAGCACUAGCCGAGGCGGAAAAUAAGGAGAGCGAACGAGCAAACUGCAAAGGUGAUCUCGUUGAGAAAAACUGCAGCUCUCCUUCCUUGACAUCAUCUUUAGGCAACAGCCUGCUGAAAAGACGUAAUGAUAGUGCUGGAAAUGUAAGUGCCGACAGUUUCUUUUCCUCGCCUGCUAGCAACCCCACUGGAGAGUCGAUGCCAAGAAUAGUAGCCCGAGCGCCUGCAGAGAAGGAAAACAAGGACGCAGGUAGGAAUGACCAUGAUGAUAUUCCAGCGGUUUCUUUUGUUGAGCUUGAUCUGCUUGGCCCGCAGUCCGCACCGCAAACCAAGCCUCUACUGGAAGCUUCCGAACGUCUUCAUCAUGCUGAAAGGACUCCGGAUACCUCGGGUAGUACUGGCCAUGCGUCAGCAGAUACGUUGAGGAGUCACCUUCGCGAAAAAAUUUCGAGUCUGUGGAAGCGAGCUGAUAAAGCACCUUCUGCACGAGACAGGGAUGUGUAUCGGGUUCCGAGUGGAGCGAAUACUCUGAAGAAAGCGCUAGACCUACAGAACCUGUCUCCUUUGCCAAGCCCCUCUACUACGGCGGGACGCAGCAGUGCGUACAAAGCUGGGGCAUUUGCUGGCAUUGGUGUCAGCGGUAGGCCAUCUUCUAGUGCAACUGGUGGUUUGCAAAGGGGAAGAGGAAAUGAUGAUGCCAUAAGAAAAAGAGUAUCUCCUCGCGCAAUCCCCGUUACUAUACAGCAAAGCAGUUCACUUGAAGAAUCGCCGUCUCCUUCGGCGUCCUGCGCUCCAACGGAAGCAAACGCGAUGCACUCGAAGAGACCUACUGCAGCAUCGGCUUCCCCAGCCUCAUCAUCGUCCUCUGCGAGAACAAAAAAGUGGUCCUCGAGUACGGUGAGUCAACCAAAACCACUAGCCAAUCGCAAUGUUGUUAAAACAGUUUCUACAGAGGAAGAUGAUCAUCUACAUCAUGAAUGCCUCAUGGGAUCCACAAACUUACUUCUUUCACGAACGAAGGAUAACGUGCUUCUGCGACAGCAUGUGCACAGAAGUGUGGCGGAGGAUCCUGCCUCGACAACAGCGUCUGGGCUGAAGCUGUCGGAUACGAAUUUUGAGUAUAGUAAAAGCAGCGAGAAGGUUCCACGAUCGGAAAUUUUAGAUGAGUUUCUAGCGGUUGUGAGGCGUAGGGAGGACUUGGACUCGCGAAAUUCACUGCAUUCUGCUCCGAGUAGGCCGAGGACUACAGCCCCAAUGGUUCAGCAGCAGCCUGGGACAGGCACAGUAAGGACAUCAGUUGCAGCAGCUGGUAACACCACCAGAAAUGCCAACCAGAGGGUUUUGCCUAGUGCUGCGGUGAGUAAAAUGUAUCCGACGACAGGAAUGGCGAGUGGAAAUGGCACUCCCACGACAUCGAUCCAAGGGCCUUUGGCGGCGCCAGGACCAGGAGUAAAGAGGAGCACUCACCAACAGUCUAGUAGUCAUAGUCAAAAGCAUAAGCAACCCUCGUCGUUUUCAUCGAACUCAAGCUCAAUCAGCCGACCCGUCACAGAAGAUAGCAGCAAAACUGCCAGUAGACCGCGAAUUUCCAUGGGCGUGGCCGCCCGCCGUGGCCACUACACAUCGCUGACAAAAUCGCAACGCCUCCGCGCACAGCUGGGGCGGGUUCGGAGUGGUGCGACACGGCUCAGCGUUGUCAAUCGAUCCAAAGCAAAGGCUGCUGUGGAAAAUUUUGUUCGCGGGAACGCAAGACGUGCUGCCGGUGCUGUCCCAUCCGCAGCAUCCAAGAAGUCAGUAAUGUCUACCUGUGUGUCCUUGUCCGCAGCAGGAGGAGCUUUCGCUAUUACAACUUCUUCGACGACCAAAAGCAAAUGGCCUUCACCGCUUGAAGGCGCCGGUCCAGCUGUCUCGUCGAGCAGUAAUACAAAGGCUUUUGUAGGAACAAAAACAAGGCCUGGAGGUGUUUCAUCUGUUGAUGUAGAUAAGAAGCCAAGGAGUAUUUUUCCAAGCCCUGAGCCUUCCCCCACUAGCAGCAUAGCUUCAGUUCUUAGUAAACGAGAAUACGAGCAGGCUGAUCCUGACAGCAGCAGCGAUUAUGAUCUAAUUGCCAGAGUGCCAUCCUCUCGAAAUUGCAAACAAAAUUCGUGGAUGAACAACUUCUCGAAGGAUUCAGCUGGACCAAGUAGAACACCGCUGAGUAGUCGCGCACAAGCUCCCGCAAUGAAGACAUUCAACAGAAAUCGUGUAGUGACACACCAAGUAAGCUCCGGCACACCGACCGACGAGAUCCUUCGUGAGGUCUUCGAAUCUCGAAAUCCAAUGUUAAAGCACAUACGUGACCUUCAGAAAAACCAGAAGAACGCUGUAUUCGCACCAUCGCAAAGAAUUAGAAGCGGCCUAAACGAAAAAAUCGCGGGAAGCUCUGCCUCAGCAUCAUCUUCAACUGGAGAUGUCAAAGUACACGUUCAAUAUCAUAGUAAAAGUGGCCAAUCAGCUGGAACAUCAAGUGCUUCAUCGAAUAUAAGCGCGGAUAAGGUCAUGCCGAGUGCGACGAAGGCGAACAGGGAUUGUGUAAGAACGAAAACGAGAGCAGGUAGAAGUAGCUCAGCUUCGGCUUGUGGCACAAAAAGUUCUUCCGCUAGAACGGCUAGACAAGCUCCUGUGAGCAUCUGCAGUACGUCCGCGAAUGCUCCUCGCGCUCCGCUUUCUAGCUUGCCAACUACAUCGUCUGCAGGUGGGGUCAACACCAAAGAUGUUGCUGUUGGGCAGGAGCGAGCGGGUGGGAAGGGAGAAACUUUGCGUUCUUGUGCGACAAGUGCACGCGUCAGGGGACCGCUCAGCGCCUCGUCGGCGAAAUCGUCAAAGGCGAAUUAUACUUCUGGAGCUAGGCAGCAGCUGUUGAGUAAAGACAAGCGGACCCCGAUUACGAAUCAUGAUGGUGCCUCAUCUGCUUCCACGACUGGAGCAAAGACGAAUAAGAAGGCAUCCUCAAGAACAUGCGACGCUUCGUCUCUACUUGGCAAAAAGAAGGUCAUAGCUGCGAGCAUUGCUGAUUCAGUCAAUACUCCUGGUUGUGAAGGAGGUCGUUCUAAACAGGCUGGUACCUCAAACACAGUCGGUGACUCAGCAGCUGUGCGGGCCAGUUGCAAGUGGGGAGACAAACCGACUGCGUUGGAGAAUGCAGCACGAUUAGAAGCGAUUCUAUCUGCCGCUGUUUGUGUCGACCAGCCGGACUCUGAUACGGAGCCGGAGUGAGAUUCUAUUUAGAAGGCUAUUAAGUAGAAGUGAGUACUUCAUUCCUAAUCGUUUAGUCCUUGUUGUUAUGAGAAACUCAUACUGUAGCUGCUCGCUGAUGUGUUUGCCAAUACUUAAGUAGCUAGUAGCACUACCUUUUCAGCUUUAGAAUAAGUUCUACACCUUCUCUCAUAUACAUUUUGAUACAAAGCAAACACGCAUACGAACGAAUGCAAUUUUUUGCCUUUUGAAAAUAAGAGCAUCAGAAAUAACGCAUAGACAAGAGCCGCCAGCCCUUGAUGCAAACUUUUGAUCAUAAACAACGAGUAGUUAGACAGAUUGAUCUCAAAACAAGAUGAUUACUUUAAGCGCUUUGCCACCACGAAUGAAGUGGCAAGUCGAUGAGUAACAGGCCACUGGACCCCGAGGAGGGAACCUAUCCGCCUCCUAUAAUUGAGAAGCUCCCAGUACUUGUACUUCCUCAAAUUUUUUUGCCAGAGUGGAAUAAAAGCUAGUUACUUCGUGUGAUAAGUCCCUAUCCUUUAAAUUAAUUCUAACCUGAGCAGGUUCCAGUUUAUCAAGAAUGAAUCAACAUGAAUCAAUGUACCACCGAAAUUUGCGAACAACAAGACACCAUAGACAGGGAGACUACUUUGUGUCGGAAGGGAGUGGAGCUAAGCAUAAGCAUUACUUCUAUGCCCGUGCAGCAGCCCUAGACACGCACAACAAAGAACAGAUCAUCAGCAACCGCAACCAUCGCGGACGCGACUAUAAAGAAGUAGGCACGACAUUUUUCUUGACCAACGACGAGUCACGGGCUGUGCCGCAAGGCGGGGGAG